AUGCAGUGCUGAGGCUUGAUCCUUGCCCUCCUCACCCUGCUGGUGCUCACCAGCACGGUGGCCAAAAAGAAAGACAAAGUGGGGAAGGGCGGCCCCAGGAGUGAGUGCACGGAGUGGACCUGGGGGCCUGGCACCCCCAGCAGCAAGGACUUCAGCGUGGGCUUCUGCAAGGGUACCUGUGGUGCCGAGACGCUGCGCAUCCGGUGCAGGGCCUGCAACUGGAAGAAGUGGCUUGGAACCGACUGCAAGUACAAGUUUGAGCUGGGGGCGGGGGGCAUGUGACGGGGCACAGGCGCCAAAGCCCGCCAAGGCACUCUGAAGAAGGCACAGACCAAUGCCCAGUGUCAGAAGACCAUUCCCGUGACCAAGUCCUGCACCCUCAAGGCCAAAGCCAAGAAAGGGAAGGGAAAGUCCUAG